AUGCUACUUUAGAACAAAAUCUUCAACAAUUAAUUUAUAGUUCACAAGAAAUUAUCAUCUGGGUCUUUCGGAAUCGUUUAUUAAGGACUCGAUUAAAUUAAUAAACAGGAAGUAGCAAUAAAGAUUGAAAGAAAAGAAAAUGAGGAAGUUAGAUCACUAGAUAGAGAAGUUCAAAUAUUCAAGCGAUUAGGCACUCUCGAAGGAGUUCCACAAUUGCUAUGGUUUGGAGAGGAGCAUGGUUAAAACGUCUUGGUCAUGUAGAUGUUAGGGAAAGAUCUUUCAUACCAUUUUAAGUAGCUGAAACGUUUUACACUGAAGACUGCUUUAUUGAUAGGGAUCUAAUUAAUUGAUGUGCUGGAGAAAAUACAUUAAUAAGGUGUUGUACAUCGAGAUCUCAAGCCAGAAAAUAUUGUUUUGGGAUCUGGAAAAGACAAUGGCAAAAUAUACUUAAUCGAUUUCGGAAUAAGCAAAGCCUACAAAGAUGCCAAUAACCAUCAUAUUCCCUUCCGUGAAUAAAGAUCAUUUCUAGGAACUACUCGUUAUGCAUCCAUAGCAGCCCAUUUAGGCCAUGAAUUGAGUAGAAAGGAUGAUCUAGAAUCAAUAAUGUACAUCAUACUCUAUUUUAUAAGAGGACAGUUGCCUUGGCAGAAUUUGUAAAAUGUUACAGAUUCGGAAAGAACAAAGAAAGUUGGAGAAAUGAAGAUACUAAUGUAGUUGGAGAUAUUUAGAGAUCAACCAAAAGAGUUUCAAAAGAUAUUUGACUACAUACGCUAAUUGUCCUUCAAGGCUGAUCCAAAUUACAAGAUGAUUACCUUUGAAUUGAAGAAGGCAGCCGACUCAUUAAAGCUCAAUUUGGAUGGCUAUUACGAUUGGACCGAAUUAAGGUCAUCUACUAAUUUUGAUUCAUUGAUUCCACAUAAUUCAGUUGAAAUGAAAAAAUCAAUUGAAAAAUAACUAUCAGGAAUUUUAUUCUAAUAAAAUUCCUUCAAUUUGUUGGCUCCUCCUCCUUAAAUAUCCAGUAGAAACACAUUCAACGGUAGAGAAGAAUAAAAGAGACUAACUGUUGCAUCACUUUAAGGAAGUUUAUAAUGUCUAUCUCUCAAUCCCUAAUAUUAGACUUCCAGACAGUGUUCGAAUGAUAACAUCGAUUAUGAAACUGAUUUAAUUAGUUAUCAGAAGAAUGAAAUUUUUGAUGGUGAUUAGACUCUAUACUUUAAAUAUUCACAUCUACAAACCAAGAAAUUUCUUUUGUUAUCAACAUUAAAUUGA